AUGUCCACCAAGGACAAGCACUAUUGGAACCAACUCAGGGCAGCGCUCACUGCUGGCCAAUGGGCGGCUCAAUACCCUGCCAAAGCACCAAACGGGACGCUACUCUCAUGGUCCGAGCUGUUCCGCAAGUUCAACAAGCAUUGUGGCGCAAACAGGGACAUUACAGAAGUCGCGUCUCAAACCCAAGCUUUGUCCUUAUUACUGGCUGCAAACUCGAAGGAUCAGGAUAGAGAUGACUCGCCACCUGAUGGUAGAUAUGCGUUGGAGCUUGGAGGCGAGUGCUUGCUGGCAGAGGAGCGGAUACAAGAAGCAAAAGUUGCCUAUGAUGUCCUCAAGAAAAUCGAGUCUUCCAACUUCGAUACACUCAAUUUUGCUCUGGCGUACUACGCAUACGCGUUGGGCAACCCCUCGGAAUGUUUGGCAUAUCUCCAAAAAGUCCCCGAUGUUUCCCAUAUAAACGAGCAUAUCCCUCAACCUGCCAGUCGGACCACAACCGUGUCCCUUCAGGUUCCCGGAAAUAAUGGUGCAACUCCUUCGAUAUCCUCAGUUGGUACAAGUCAGAAUUCAGCAUCUACGUCAGCAUCUGCUGAAACUAACGAUGGGAGGGCGUGGGCUUUGACGGAAUCCCUACGAAGUAUAUGUCUUCAAGGCAUGUCGCACGAGAAACUAUACCCCUCAGAACCCGACAAGGCACUUGCUGCCUACUCCUCGGCCCUCCCCCUCCUCUCAAUCACUGAAUCCGAACUGAUUUCCUCCUCCGCGCCAAUCCCUCCCUCCGGAAAACUCAAUUUCGCUUCCUUCACGCGUUUCCGCGAACUCUGGCGUUGGGUCGAGUCCAUAAUUUGGCGCGCCAUCUCCCUCGGUGCCCAAAUCUGCGAUAUCAACAGGGAAGACACCCAUAACGUCCUUUGGACGUGGUUGUCCCACUACUCCACCUGCACUUCUUCUUGGCCUCCGAAUUUCCGCACCAACCAUCGCUGCGCCAUCUCCGUGCUCUACAUCCGUGCCCUGGUUUUGCGAAACGCAUCGCCCGACCCCCCAGCAGACCUGGGUAAACCCCCAUCAUGGCUUCAUACCGCUCGUUCGGUCAUCCAAGACUACCGUGCUAUCUUAAGUACCUUUGUGUUGCCGUUUGGGGAGGCAAGUGGUGCGGUAGGCGAUUAUGCUGGCUGGGUUAUUGAUGUCCUGUGGUGGGCAACAAGGAUGACAUUCAACUCAUAUCGCAUAAUGCGACAUAUGACGCGCCUACUACAAGUUUCUGGGGACUUGCCACUCGCCAAACGGACGCUGAAGUUGUAUGUACAAAUCGUCAGCAAAGCGUGGCAAGCGAGCAACUCCACUGUUACCGAGGACACAGACACCAACAAACACUGGGUGGAGACCCUCGUUUCUGGCGCUCGCAUGUUGUGCAAAGACGCGUCUUUGGCAUCGGAAGCCGAGGGUAUCAAUGAUGUUCGAGAUGCAGGGAAACUGAUAACCCAAGCAAAAACCCGACUGGACAUUCAUGAUGCAGAACUUGUCGCGAUGGUUGAUUUGGCGGAGGGCGUUUGGAAUACACUCAUGGUUCUCAAGGAGCGGGAUGACCACACUCGAUCAAGACGACUUGCAGAUGCUCACGCAUCUUUCCUCAAGGCUGUAGAGGGGCAUCCGACUGCUGCAGCAUACUAUCAUCUGGCACUAUCAUUUGCCCGGCCGGGGCCAUCGUACGAUUUGGAUCAAGCCAUCGUCAAUGCUGGUCUUGCCGUCGAGGGAGACCCAAAAGAGAUCCGCUGCUGGCAUCUGAUCGGACUACUCUUGGCUGCCUCAGAGCAAUGGAAAGCCGCAGAGGAGAUUUUCGAGCGUGGUGCCGCAUUGGGCGAGCCAACAUUACCCGAAGACGAUCUCACUAAUGGUAAUUUUGACCUUUUAACGGCGAAUGCGAAUGGGAGGCCGAUUGAUGGGCUACCAGUGUCGGACUCCAUCCACCCUGUUAUGGAACGGGUUUCUGUUCCACCACCGGCUCCUCCUCCAGUUUUCCUUGUGGAACAGCUGGAGUUGGGGAUUCCGCCUCCUGCGACAUUGCUUUUGGCUACGGCUGAUCAUCCAUCACCGUCGAGGCAAGAGAAAUUUGAAUAUUCUCUGCAAUUGCGGAUGUCACAAGCUGCCUUGAGCGAGGUUGUGGAUGGUGCUGAAGGUGCCGAAAGCAAAUGGCUCGAGGUAUUCCAAUGGAUUGCCGAACGUCGUGGUAUAACGGCGGCUGUACCAGAGAGCGGUCGUCCUUCGCCAAUGAAUAACCUUAAAUCCCCUUCGGAGCUGGUUCUUACGGUGUCGCGGACUUCUCAUGACAAAGGCCCAGCUGAUCAGCAAGAAACGCCCCGGACUUCUGCUGCUGCUGCGCCACCCAGCGAGGAUGCUCUUCUGCCGCCUCCACAAAUAUCUAUCCAAGUCCAGCCCGCAACACCAGAUGAGGUAUCUUGGAACGGACCGGACAACAAGAUAUCAGAACGAAUAUCGGAGGAGGGCCCUGUCACACCUACUAGGGUCAAUGGGACAAACGGUUCAUCCGCUCGGAAUCGUUCACUUUCUAUCGACAGAGACACAUCUUCGAAGUCAAAGAAAAUGCAGCAAAAGUUGAUCAACCGCGUCAACGAAGGGGGAGCGAGAAUAAGCCGUAUUUCCAAGAAAAUUGGCAGUGGGGUUGUGCGACCGGGAACUUUGCGGAGAUCUAGUUCGACACCAGACUUCCAUGCAGUGCUUCGACCCACAUCAUAUCAAGCAUCCUCAAUACAUUCCCGACGACGGAUUGGUUCUUUGAUGCGACGGGAGUCUGACGCUCCCAGUAUUUCACCGCCUCCACCGCCACCCCUUCCACCACCACCUGCGGCUCAUUCGAAAUGGAACCACACAACAACCCGGGAAACGCGUCUGGAAAGCGACCUUUGGCUUAUGUCCGCCGCAACAUUCCGGAGACUAGGCAAAAUCGAGCAGGCAAAAGGCGCGAUCCAAGAAGCUGAGGUUAAAGACGAGGGAAACCCAGGUGUUUGGGUUCAGCUUGGGCUCUACCAUCUUGCGUUAGGGCAGACGCAGCAUGCGAUCGACGCGUUGCAGAAGGCGCUAUUCAUCAACCCUGACCAUGUCCCUGCCUCGGUUCAUCUGUGUCGAAUAUACCUCACGCCCGACGAGGAAGCGGAUGAUGAGGCGUCAAUAGAGCCGAGCACCGUCGAUCUUGUGGCCGGAAUGCUUUCCCAUCUGUCGCGCGGGCCGGGGUGGGAUGUUCCUGAAGUGUGGUUUUUCUUGGCCAAGGCAUAUCGGCUUCAGCGGCGGAAAGAACGGGAGCGAGAGUGUUUACAUCUUGCGCUACAACUAUCAGAGCGGCGCGGGGUAAGGGAGGUGACUAGUGCAGUGGGCUGGUGUAUUUAA